AUGUGGCCCGCUAAGCCCAGCGCCCGAGUGUCCGCACUGCUGCUGCUGGCGCUGGCUUUGUCCCCGCCUGGGACUCAGGGGCGGCCCCAGAGACGCAGGGCAGCGCGUGGUGUCGCUGAGCUCAGGCCAGAGAUUUUCCUCCCUGUGACAGGGACUCGCCUGACUCCCAGAGCCUCCCGGAGCACAGAAAUAUUCCCAAGGGACUUGACAUUGAAAGACAAGUUCAUAAAGCAUUUCACAGGGCCUGUCACAUUUUCAGCUGAAUGUAGCAAACACUUCCAUCGACUUUAUUACAAUACCCGGGAUUGCUCGAUGCCAGCUUAUUAUAAAAGAUGUGCUAGAUUGCUGACAAGAUUAGCUGUGAGUCCACUAUGCUCCCAGACCUAGGAAACUUGUGCUACAUUUCAUAAGAUGCAAAUAUAAUUUGAAGAAAAAGUGCCUGGAAUCAUAUUUAAUGUAAAAAAAUGGACAUAUUUAGUUUUGUAUGAACCUGCAUAAAGUGACUUCCCAGGAGAAACCUAUGCGUGGCAUCCUACAGGAAGAGGAAGCUUUCCUGGCUUACCUUAUGAACACAAAAAGUUAUAGGAUUUUUUAAGAUCACAUAUUGUAAAUAGAAUAUUUAAAACUAUGCCUUAUUUUUGCUAGGAAUAUUAUUUUUAUAUGGUUAAUAUUGUAUAGUAAAUAUUUAAUUAAUUGUAUCUCAGUACUAGUGAAAAAUAACUAUUGUAUAUAAUUUUAUUGAUAUGUUUGUUAGAUAUUGUGUUCAGUUUUGUAAUUCUUAUUUAAUAUUUAAAAGUCUUUAUUAAUAAUUUUCUGUUUUUAUUUGCAUUAAUUUGAACUGUGAAUUUUAUUAAAACAGG